AUGUGUUCUGGCCUUUUGUCAGGUGUUGAUAGACGCCGUGACAUUCCUGAGAUCAACAAAUAUAUGAACGCCAAAGGUGUCACCUUGAAGGCUUUGGAGCAGUUCCGAUUGAAAUCAUGCAUCGAUUUCAAACCAAGGGAGACUGAAUUCCAUUACAUCAGAGUUGUGAAGCAGGAUGGGUGUUUCUCAUCUGUUGGGAAACAGUUGGGGUACGGUCAGACUCUCUCCAUUGGUGAUGGUUGUGACACCAUUGCUAUUGUUGAACAUGAGUUUCUUCACACUCUGGGUUUCUACCAUGAACAGUCCAGAUAUGACAGAGAUGAUUAUGUCACAAUUGUCUGGCAAAAUAUCAUGUGGGGCUACGGCUAUCAAGUACAUGUUCAACUCCAACAGGAAUACUUUUCCAUCUAUGUGCGUCUGGUCUCUGGGGACUAUGAUGAUCAGCUGCAGUGGCCUUGUCCAUGGAGACAAGUGACCUUCUUACUGCUUGACCAGCAUCCUCACAUUCAGCAGCGUAUGUCACAUCAGAGGAGCAUCAUCACAGACCCCACUUCUGGAGAAGAUGUUGAUGAUGGAAUUCGUGAUAUCCCUGAGAUCAACAAAGAUUUGAAUCUUCUAGAAGGAGACAUUUUGGAGACCAAAGACAAGAGUGCUCUAUUAGGAGAUCAGUAUCGAUGGGAGUCUCCUGUCCCUUAUGUGCUAAACGAGGACCUUGAUAUCGAUGCCAAAGGCAUUAUUCUGAGGGCCUUUGAACAGUUCAGGUUGAAAUCAUGUAUCGAUUUCAAGCCGAGAGACAACGAGGAGUACUACAUUUCAGUUGAAAAGAAGGAUGGGUGUUACUCCUAUGUAGGGAAAAGAUUCAUUAAUGGACAGAUACUCUCCAUCGGUGCUGGUUGUGGCACUGUUUCUGUUGUUGAGCAUGAGUUCCUUCACGCUCUGGGCUUCUACCAUGAACAGUCCAGAUAUGACAGAGAUGAUCAUGUUACAAUUGUCUGGGAAAAUAUGGAAACAGGAAAAGAGCACAAUUUCAAUAAGUACAGUGAGGAUCAAAUCACCACCCAGGAUACCCCAUAUGACUACACUUCUGUGAUGCACUAUGGGAAAGAUUACUUCACCAAUGGAAAUGGACCCACUAUCAUCACAAAAUUGCCUGAGUUCCAGGAUGUGAUUGGUCAGCGACUUGAGAUGAGUUUCUAUGAUGUAGUAGAACUCAACAAACUCUAUAAGUGCAACACAUUCACCUCAUUCCUGGACCACUGCAGUUUUGAUAAUGAGAGUCUGUGUGAGAUGAGUGUCUGUUCUCACUCUGGUCUUGAGUGGGAAAGAGUGACCAGUGUCGCUGGAGGUCCCCAAUCUGAUCACACUUACCUAGGGAGUGAAUCUCAAGUGCAUGUGAACGUCUUUUUUCUGUGUUCUUUGUCAUCAGUUGGAUUCUUCAUGCACUUAAGCACAGUAAAUGGUCAGGAAGGUGACAGAGCAAAACUGGAGACCAGGACAAUGACUCCAAGCAGAGACUGUAAAGUUCAGUGUCUGCAGUUCUUCCAUUACCACAGUGGAAGUGAAUCUGAUCAGCUCAACAUCUGGAUCAGAGAGUUUGACAAUGAGGCUGACCCGAGCGUAACACGCAGACUCAUGGGCCAGAUCACAGGUUCCCCAGCCAAUUACUGGCAGCUCCAUCAUGUGCCCCUUAAUGCUGGGAAAACGUUCCAGGUGGAAUUUGAAUCACGUAAAGGAGCAGGAAGUUCCAGUGGUGGCUUUUCUGUGGAUGAUAUUAACCUGUCAGAGACUGAGUGUCCACACAACAUUUGGCAAAUAAGAAACUUUGAGGAGCUUUUGACUUCAAGUUCUCCUGGCACUUAUAUCUUUAGCCCAAGGUAUUAUUCUCCUGAAGGCUAUGGCUAUCAGGUAUUUAUAGCGCUCCAGCGAGAGUACUUUUCCAUCUAUGUACGUCUGGUCUCUGGGGACUAUGAUGAUCAGCUGCAGUGGCCUUGUCCAUGGAGACAAGUCACCUUCUUACUGCUCGACCAGAACCCUCACAUCCAACAACGCAUGUCACAUCAGAAGAGCAUUACAACGGACCCAACUUAUAUUAGUGGUGGUGUGUUUUUUUGGGACAACCCACGGAAAGUUGGAACUCCGACUGUCAUGAACAAUGAAAUAGUGUAUGUAAACAGCGGAUGGGGUUACCGAUAUUUCAUGUAUCAGAAGGACCUCAGUAACAGAGCAUUUGUUAAGGGUGGUGACAUCUUCCUCCUCUUCAGUAUGCAGGACAUUUCCGGAUUACUGCAGAAGGAUACUCUGCCCUGCCCCUCUGUGCCUGAGCAGAACUUCAUGGGUUCUCCAGAAGACCAAGCUGAUGAGGGUCCAUGUGUAAAAAGGAUAAAGUAA